GUACGUAUUGGAUAUCUCCAAAAACGACAGUGAUAGAAUUGGCAAAUCGACCUGCGAGAACGCACUUACCGUGCAAGUACCCACGAUGUCUCUCGCGCAGCUAUCAAAGCUUCUUCCUCUACCGGAGCCCGACCUGCAGCAAGUAUUGGACUACGCAGCAACAUUGUCGAAGCAGGAUGCAGCCGAUCACUUCAACAACCUUCUGGGCGAAUCACCGCAAUCGAUAGAGUUUAUCUCCUCCUUCAACUCCCGCCGACAAGACCUUGCCUCUACCUCGAAGUCACAAGCUACUCCAGCAUCGAACGAGACCUCGGGAGUUCCCAGGAGCACCCGCAAACCAGCCAAAAAGAAAGCUCCCCUCCACACCCCCGCACCUCGACAGAUACAAGAUACCUACGCCGCGCAGGGCACAGCAUACAUCAAGAAGAACUCAGACGAUGACUACAUAACCAAGAAACCCAUUCCAUCAACUUCAGCUUCAACCUCAAGACCUCCCACGCAACCCAACAAUGCCUUCACCUUGCAACCCAAACCCGUCGCGAUCCAAGCCCCCACCCCCAAACCACCCCCCUCCGCAGCAGGACCCCUAAUCUCCGACUUCAAGACCUCAAAAUCGAAUCCUACCUUCCGAACCUCGUCUCCCGCCCCCUCAGCCUCGAAAACAAAAGUGAACAUCACCGGCGGGACGUCGAUGCACGGGGCCUCAACCGUGCUCUCUGAGCUCGAUGCCGCGAUUCGAAGUCUGGAGAUAAGCACGAAUAGCAGUCUCCUCCUGCCUGCAGCACAAAGGGCAUGUAAUUGCAUUGGUUCAAGACAUCCGCUGCUUACUGCUGCGCCGAACUGUUUGAAUUGCGGGAAAGUGAUUUGUGUGAAAGAGGGUCUUGGGCCCUGUACAUUCUGCGGGGAACCUCUGCUCAGUGCGGUCGAAGUUCAGGGUAUGAUUAGAGAACUACGAGAGGAGCGAGGGAGGGAGAAGAUGCUGUUAGACAAUGCUGGGAACCGGCGGGCAGAGGUUUCGAAGAAGCCUGCUCCGUUUACGGCACCAAGGAAUAUGGAUAUGAGUCCUGCGGAGCUGAAGGCGAAGGAGCAUAGGGACAAGUUACUGAGUUUUCAGGCGCAGAAUGCGAAGAGGACGACGGUGAGGGAUGAGGCGGCGGAUUUUGAGACGCCGGUUAUGGCGGGGGUUAAUAUGUGGGCUAGUCCCGCUGAGAGGGCGAGGCAGUUGAAGAGGCAGCAAAACGUGCUGGCUGAGCAGGAGUGGAACGCUAGACCGGAGUAUGAGAAAAGGAAGACAGUGUUGAGUAUUGGGUUUGAGAAGGGGAAGGUGGUUAAGAGGAUGGGUGUGGCGCCUGUGGAGAGGGAGAAGCCUAAGGUGGCGGAGAGUGAUGAGGAGGGGGUUGAGGAGCUGCCGUUUAGUGAUGUUAGUGGGAAUAAAGGGGGUGGGACUUUUAGUCGGAAUCCACUGCUGGGGGGUUUGAUCAAGCCUAUCUACAAUAGUGGAAGGGGGAAGGAACCGGAUACAGAGACAUCAGAGAUUAGAAAGAAAACUUGGAGGAGAGUACAGGAUAGUUUAGAGGAUAAUGAGGCAAUCAUAUUAGACGGCGGGGUGUUUGGUGGAACGUCUGAUAGAAUAGAGCAAGAAGAGCCCGCUUGUGGUUAGCCUGCGAUUUUAUAGAAGAAUAAAGAUGCGGUCACUUGCAAAGGAUGGUUCAAAAUAUUCUGGAGAGCAGUGAUAUCAUUUCC